ACUUACAGGGCACGAGGAAGCACACCGGAGCAUCAUGCGAGGAGGAAACGGAAACCAGGGACUUAAAUACGGCGCAAAUGGGAUGAGCUACAUGAAAACCGGGGGGAAUGACACAGGGGAGGGAGAAGUUGUUGGAUUUCUUCUGGCAUGCUAAAGACCUCUGCUGAAAGCCUUGUUUUUGCUUCCUAAGUCCUCCUGCGGGGAUCAUUUACAUUCCUCCAUCCCUUCCAAGGCGGCUUCUCUAACUUUUUCAGUCGUGCAGUUUCACCCACCGAAGCCAAGUCACGUCUGUGGAGGGUGGGCGGACGGUUAGCGCUGGAUCAUGCUCUCCUUGUGGUUGUUCCUGCUCCCUUGCCUGAGCCUUGUGAGCGUGACGCCGGCCGAAAAGGGCCUGGAGUUUCCGCGGUACGACGGGAAGGACCGUGUUCUCGACAUCAGUGAUAAGAAUUACAAGAAGGCCUUGAAGAAGCACAGCAUGCUCUGCCUGUUCUACCACCAGCCGGUGUCGGACAAUAAGGAGCUGCAGAAACAGCACCAGAUGACCGAGCUGGUGCUGGAGCUUGUAGCUCAAGUCAUGGAGGAGAAGGAGAUUGGGUUUGGAAUGGUUGACUCGCUCAAAGAUGCAAAAGUUGCAAAGAAACUGGGCUUGGAGGAAGAGGGAAGUGUAUAUGUUUUUAAAGAUGACAGAAUGAUCGAGUUCGAUGGCUUGCUGUCUGCUAACACUCUGGUGGAGUUCUUGUUGGACCUUUUGGAGGAGCCAGUGGAGGUCAUUGAAAAUGCUCUGGAGCUCAAAGCCUUUGAUAGGAUGCAAGAGGAUAUUCGCAUAAUUGGUUACUUCAAGAGUGAAGACACUGAGCAUUAUGAAGCGUUUAAAGAGGCUGCAGAGCACUUUCAGCCCUACAUUAAAUUCUUCGCCACAUUUGAAAAAUCAGUGGCCAAGGAACUGACUCUGAAGCUGAAUGAGGUGGACUUUUAUGAGCCCUUCAUGGAUGAGCCCGUCACCAUCCCAGGAAGGCCUCACUCCGAGAAGCAGCUGGUGAAAUUCAUUACUGAACACAGACGACCAACUCUGCGAAAGCUGCGUGCAGAAGACAUGUUUGAAACCUGGGAGGAUGACAUCGAGGGCAUCCACAUUGUGGCCUUUGCAGAGGAAGAAGACCCCGAUGGUUAUGAGUUCCUAGAGAUCUUGAAGGAGGUAGCCAGAGACAACACUCACCUUCCUGACCUCAGCAUCAUCUGGAUUGACCCUGAUGACUUCCCCCUGCUGAUUCCUUACUGGGAGAAGACCUUUAAGGUGGAUCUGUUCAGGCCGCAAAUUGGAGUCGUCAAUGUUACGGAUGCGGACAGCAUAUGGUUGGAAAUGGAGGACGAGGAGGACCUGCCCACGGCUCAGCAGCUGGAGGACUGGAUCGAAGAUGUUCUUUCAGGCAAAGUAAACACUGAAGAUGAUGAUGAUGAUGAUGAUGAUGAUGAAGACACAGAUGAUGAUGAUGAUGACGAUGAUGAUGACAACGACAUAGAUGAUGAGGAUGAUGAUGAUGAUGACGACGAUGAGGACGACGAGGAAGAGAACGAAGAGGAUGAUGAUGAUGAGUAAUUAAUUUUGUUGAAGUUGCCACUUCGUCCAUCAGUUCUACACCAGAACAACUUUUGACUAAAAAAGGACUCUGUGUAUCAUCUGUGCCUGCUGAUCUUUUUAACUGAUUUUAAUAUUUAACAUUCAUGAACACAAAGUUUAAUCAUGUAAAUACCUCUUUGGUGGGGUCAAAAUGAAAUGUGCUAAUGUGGAAUGUGGCAAUAUAGAAAUGUUUAAACUGUAUGAAUUUGACUGUUCAUAAUAAAUUAUGUUAAUGUUAGUUUUA